AUGGGGACAGGGACGGGAUGGGGACGGGGCCGCGUGUCCCUGCUGCACCGUGUGAUCCCAUGGCAGCUGUCAGUGGUGGAGUACGACCCCGGCACGCACGACCUGAAGACGCUUUCGCUGCACUACUUUGAGGAGCCGGAGCUGCGGGACGGCUUCGUGCAGAACGUGCACAUCCCCAAAGUGCGGGUGGACCCCGACGGGCGCUGCGCCGUGAUGCUCAUCUACGGCACCCGCCUGGUGGUGCUGCCCUUCCGCAGAGACUCGCUGGCCGACGAGCACGAGGGCCUGGUGGGAGAGGGGCAGAAGUCGAGCUUCCUGCCCAGCUACAUCAUCGACGUGCGGGAGCUGGACGAGAAGCUGCUCAACAUCAUCGACAUGCAGUUCCUGUGUGGGUACUACGAGCCCACCCUCCUCAUCCUCUUCGAGCCCAACCAGACGUGGCCGGGGCGCGUGGCGGUGCGUCAGGACACGUGCAGCAUCGUGGCCAUCUCGCUGAACAUCAUGCAGAAGGUUCACCCCGUCAUCUGGUCCCUCAGCAACCUGCCCUUCGACUGCACGCAGGCCUUGGCCGUCCCCAAACCCAUCGGCGGGGUCGUGAUCUUUGCUGUCAACUCCCUGCUGUACCUGAACCAAAGCGUGCCGCCCUACGGCGUCUCCCUCAACAGCCUCACUGCUGGCACCACCGUGUUCCCACUGCGCAUGCAGGACGGCGUUCGGCUGACGCUGGAUUGCGCCCAGGCCGCCUUCAUCUCCUACGACAAGAUGGUGAUUUCCCUCAAGGGAGGCGAGAUUUACGUGCUGACUCUCAUUACGGACGGGAUGCGCAGCGUCCGCUCCUUCCACUUCGACAAAGCGGCCGCCAGCGUCCUCACCACCUGCAUGGUGACCCUUGAGCCGGGUUUUCUGUUCCUGGGUUCCCGGCUGGGCAAUUCGCUGCUGCUCAAAUACACCGAGAAGCUGCAGGACGCGCCACCAGGGGGCGCCAAGGAGCAGCAGGACAAACAGGAGGAGCCCCCAACCAAGAAGAAGCGCUCGGAGUCAUCGGGGCCGUGGGCAGGAGGGAAGUCAGCGGCUCAGGACGAGGUGGAUGAGAUCGAGGUGUACGGCAGCGAGGCGCAGUCGGGCACCCAGUUGGCCACGUUCUCCUUCGAGGUGUGUGACAGCAUCCUCAACAUCGGGCCCUGCGCCAACGCUGCCAUGGGAGAGCCGGCCUUCCUGUCCGAGGAGUUCCAGAACAGCCCUGAACCGGACCUGGAGGUGGUGCUGUGCUCCGGAUACGGCAAGAACGGCGCCCUGUCCGUGCUGCAGCGCAGCGUCCGCCCGCAGGUGGUGACGACGUUUGAGCUGCCCGGCUGCUACGACAUGUGGACCGUGCUGGCGCCGCCGGGAGCCGGGGCAGAGCCCAGCGCUGCAGCUGACCCAGCAGAGAAGGAGCCUUCGGCCCCCGACCCCCCCGAGGACGAAGGGCAGCGGCACGGCUUCCUCAUCCUCAGCAGGGAGGACUCCACCAUGGUGAGGGGGGGCGGGGGGACAAAGGGACAGGGGGACAGGGGGACAAAGCAACAGGGUGACAGGGAGAUGGGGUGA